AAGUGAAAUAUAACUGAAAUAUUUGAACCGGCCAUUGCAGUCUUGCAGGCAAGCCAGUAGCUUUGCGCAACUUCUUUUUCUUGUUGGGGCAAAUCACACGCAAUAAGCUUGCUUCGAUCUCUCAGCACUUUCAGUUCUCUAAAUCCACCAAAGGCCUCGUCGAUUUCCAGGCUUAUUGCGAUUAAAGGCCAAACUUUUUUACGCCAUAAGAAAGCUUGCGCCUUUUAUGCUGAGGCGGACGAUAUAAGGCGUGCGAUACAAAUCGCAAGAAGGCUUACGCAAUAAUAGGUCUCCAGAUGACAUGAAAAGGAUGGGCCCAGACGUAUUUCAAUCUAAAGAAGUAAUUUAAUACUCGACCAAAAUACUUCUCUUCUUCUGAUUAGCAUGUGGCAGCCCACCUCUCUCCCUCUCUGCUGAGUAUUAAUUUUUGUACACCAGCUCUUCUGUAAGCUUCCGCCUGUCCGCCUAUCCUUCUUAUUGCCCUGCACUGUUCUUAUUUGAGGCUGUCUGUCCCUCGGCGUGCGUCGGCAGGCUUUAGUAGGGAGACGAGAAUUAUACAAAGUACGUAGUAUAUUACUUUGAGUCGGUUCCAAAGUAUCCUUCUGGACUUCUCAUACACCACAGUGCUUAUGGAUCAACUGGUUAUUGACGAUGUAGAGGAAGUUCCAGAUAUCCCCGACAGAACCAUGCAACUUUUUAAUCGACCUCUAAGAAGAUAUAGUAAUUCUAAACAUUCUGGACAAUCUUCACAGAAUAGGCACACUGGUGGAGUUAAAAAGGAGAUAAUCACUUUAGAAACCCAUUCAGAACAGGAAAAGCUUUGUACUGAGCAGACUAAGAGCCAGCUGAUCACCAAUGUCAUUGGAACCACGAGGCUUUUAAGUCAUUGCCCUUCAAGAACCAGUAGUUCUGGACACUCUGGUCAUUUGGACUGCCAUGCAAAGUCUUCAGCUUUUGAAGUGCAUGGAUCUCCUUCAAAAAUUAGUUUUUUGCAUGGAAGGAACAAUGAAAGUGCCCCCAACCACUAUGGGAGGCACUAUAUCUCAGGCCAACUUAGAAAGAAAGAGGACCAAGUGUUGAAUCCUGAAGCAUCUUCCUGCACUGGUGGGUUGGUUGUGAAUUCAACAAAAAGUACACUUGUUGAGGGUUUUAACAAGGGAGCUGUAUCAAGCUGUGAGUCUUCUGACUUACGAGAUAUGGAAAAUCUUUCAGUGACCACAAAGAAUGGCCGCGGAGUAAAACUAAUUGGUGAUAAAUAUAAAGUCACUGUGCCUAUCAAUCAUGGAGAGAGGACAAAUGUCGCUCAUGAUGUGCGUUGCAAUGGCAUGAAGGCUGGCUAUGCUUCUGUUACUACCUCCUUGCCUAGGGUCACUGGGAAAAGAAGAUUGGUCCGAAAUGGAUGUAUAUCUCCUCAUAAUAUAGCGAAGGCCAAACAACCAAUUGGGACAGAUCAGAAUUGUCCUUUAACUGUUGAACGAGAUUGUACCAGAUUUCCUGCAACAUCUAGCAGCUCAAAGAAUGUAUUUAAUGUUAUAGAUUUGGUUUCUGAAGAACACACCUCAUGCUCAUCCAAAGGCAAAGGGGUAACCGUAUAUCCUUCUAUUUCCUCAGAACCAAAGGCUAAAAGCGCAAAUACAUCUCACAGCAAUAUGGUGGUUAUUGAUGAUGAAAUUGAUACAACUGCUAGUGCCAGUCAAGAUACUCUUAGAAGCUUUGAGGAACCAGGUGGAUGGAGAACUACACGAAGUCGAAGUCAGAACAGAUUCUUACAAAGAGAGAAAGAAAGCAAUGAGAAUGUUCGAAAUAAUCCUAUGUGCAAGGAUUUACCCUCCAGUAGGCAUGCCUUUGCACAAUCUAGUCAGAUCGUACAAUCUAUUGGGCAACAAUCAGGCUGUGUUGAUGAUCAUCAUUCUGUGGUAAAUUCUCUUGGUAAAAGACAAAAACAAGGAUCUACUUCAAGCAAUUAUGGGGAAUGUUCUACAUCCACAUUUAGUGAUGGCAUCACAUGUACCGGAUCAUCUAGGAAUGUUAGUAAUUUGAGAUCAGGAUGGUACCAAAACCGUCAAAGAAAAGAUUUCUUAGCUCCGGUUCUCGAGACCUGUCAUAGCUCCCCUCAAAUAAGAAGUGACAGUUCUCAAGCUUCAGCUUGCAAAAAGGAUGAAGAUGCUCGAGUCAGACAGUUAGAAGCAGAUGAAAUGCUUGCACGGGAGUUACAAGAGCAAUUAUAUAAUGAGACACCUAUUUUUGGAGUUACUGAGAUUGAUGAACAUUUAGCAAUGGAUUUGCAGCAAGAUGGUGCACAUAAUUCUUUCUCCGGUGAAACAAAUACAAUCAUUACUAGAGGUAGAUCAGCUACAAUCUCACAAAGGCGUUCCCAAGUGCAGUCUUCAGCUAGUAUUUCUCGUAGAGCAUCUUUUGCUCGAGCAUCUACUUCUAAUAGAUCAGUGAGAUCGGGGACUCGUUUUCCUCGACAGUCUCGAUCUCUAGCAUCAGCAAGACACACGAGUUCAAUUUUUGCUCCUAGUGUCAACAUAGAAACGGUAUUGUACAACUUUGUUAGUUUUCCAUGUUAUAUAUCUUAUGUACUUUUUUCAUUUCGAAUAUGAAGUGUUUCAAUAGUUCAAGUAAGUGUCUAAUUUAGUUGUCCUGUCCAUAAUGCCUUUUGUAUUGCUAGGUUUUUAGGGGUUUACCAAAAUAUUAGUUAAAAAGUGACAUGGAGAGAAAUAGGGAAUGUAAAAAGUAUUUUAACAGGAAAGAAGGGGCAAUAGAGUUUUUUUCCUGAAGGAAGUGCACAAAUAGUAGAUGACUAGAUGUUAGUGAAUGAACAAUGUGAUGGAGCGCAGGAAGAAGUGAAGAACAGUACCCUAGAAUGUAAUCAUCAUUUUAUUGUAGGGGGACAAAGAGAGAAAACAUGUACUGUCGUUACUCGUUACCUCAUCAUUAAGGUAAAUGUAAAUGUUUCAGAUUAAAAAUGAGGAAUUGAGGAUAGUGAAAAUUAUUGUGAGGGUUGUCGAUAUAACUCUUGUUAUAUCUCAUUGCUGUUGACCUUUUUGGGAUCAUAUUUUGGGGUGUUUUAGUACUACAAUACUAUUUAUUUGUUGGUUUGGACUUUGGACUUCGGAGGGGGGUGGGAGUUGAAAUAUGUUUAAGCCACAGCUAGACCAACACCAUAGUAAGGCACUAAGGCCACUCAGGUGGUACUUGUUACUCCCUCUGUUCCUUUUUAUCAUCUUUCAUUCCCUCUCUGUCUGCCCAAAAUUAUUUCCUCUUUCCUUUUAAGGAAAGCAUUAUGAGGUUGAAUGGUUGAUACUUCCUGCCUCUCCUCUAAACUAUUUUUUUUUGAGAACUGUGCCAAGUCCAAAGGGGAGCUUAAUUGUGGAUGAAGCUCACAGAAGUACAUCCUCGCGUAUGCACUGAUAGUUUUGGAGAAUGAGAAUUGAAAUGUUGGAAGCACUUGAGGCGUUUAGCAAUAUGGAAGUAGCUGGUAGGCUUCUUCAUGCUCGACAAGACUUCAAUGAGAACGACUAUGAAAUGUUAUUGGCACUUGAUGAAGAUAAUCACCAUCAUGCGGGUGCAUCAAUAAAUCAGAUUAAUGGUUUGCCACUGUCAGUUGUUCAGGUUGAGAAUCUCGAGGAAGCUUGUGCUGUUUGCCUUGAAACUCUGAUAAUUGGAGAUACAAUCCGCCUUCUCCCUUGCGUGCACAAAUUUCACAAAGAUUGCAUCGACCCAUGGCUGCUAAGAAGAACACUGUGUCCAAUCUGCAAGAUAUCCAUUACUUGAUUUGUUGGGGUGGGCAGCACGAUCUCAUUCUUUGUAUACUUGCAUCAAUUACAUGGGCUUUCACGAUUUAAUCUGGCGAAGAGGCCUGCAGGCCAGUUGAAAGACUGCUGCUGCUGUUUUUUGUUAAUUUCCUACCCUGCGCAUAUAUGUGUUUUUUGCUACUCUUUAGAAGCACAGUUUGUUUUGGAGAACAACAAUUGAAUGAUAUAGAAUCAAUUAUUCAAAUAAUUGAAGCAGUUUCUUUCAUCAUAGAAAUAAUUGAAUUCAUAACCUAUUGAAUAUGCUAUUUUUAUUAUCUUUUUAAGGGAAAAAAAGAUUUUUC